AAUGUGACCAGCAGAUCCCGCGUCUGUUACUAAAACUGUCAAACCACUUGUCCUUAAACAAGCACGAAACGGAACUAUUUUCUGACGGAUCGUCCUACACGAGGCGCAAUGACAACGCGACCGGCGAUGUAGCGAAUCUCUAGCUAAGCAGUUACUGGCUUCUCUUACAUCACUCCCUUGUUACCUGAUUUCUGAUAAUAAACGAUCCCGAUCGGUUAAAGAUGUUGCGAUACUUCCUCCCUUGGUAACUAAUUUCUAAUAAUAAGCAAUCUCGAUCGAUUGAAGAUGUUGCGAUACUUCCUACCAGGACUACCAACGGGAAGAUAUGCGGGGUUUGAAAGCGCGGAAUGGGAUAAAAACACAGCCCUUACGAAACUAGAGCGACGCAACGAAAAAUGGAACUAGAAGUAGUAAGAUGGGAAGUUCCUUGCACAUCAUUGAAUACCUUUGGCCCGUCAUUUGAUAGACAUAUUUGAUAUCCAGAAAGCUUCACAAGCAUCUGGCCAAUAUCUGACGUCGUUAGAGCUGGUUUUCUCAGCAAAAGAACCAUUGAGGCUAUUUAUCAAAUGUAUAUCAGCUGAAGAGACCGGAGAUCUCGGGCACUACUUAUUUUUUUCUUCCUCGUGAUAUCUCUUUUACCAGAUGGAUAUAGGAUCAAACUCUCUAAUAGAGCCAAGAAUGUGUGGGAUACGAACGCCGUUAAGAUGUCCCUCCCCAGUCAACUUUACAGCAAAUUCUCCACCUGAACAAAGUACAUCCGAGCGAUUGACGAGUCCCUCGAAUUACAACUCUGGGUCUUCAGAUUCCACAUCAGAUCACAGCACGCCGUUGACAUCACAGUCAGAUCUCUUCGAAAACAAUCCCUUCGUCAACUCGUCACCGUCGAACGACAGAUUCAUUGUCAUUGUCGGUGGACUUGGGUACAUAGGAUCACAUACGAGCUUGGAAUUAAUGAAGGCUGGAUACAACAUUAUUAUUAUCGACAACCUCAGCAACUCAUACAGAAGCGUCUUCAGCCGUAUUGAGGAACUUGCCAGGAAAUACAGCGAAACAGAAUGUCAGGCUAUGCCCCAGAUGAGGCUCUACGACGCGGACUACCGAGAUGAAAGUUCCACAAGAGAGAUCCUAGAUGAUUACGUUGUUGACGAUACAAAUGACUCCCCUCGUCCGUCAACUACGUCCCAGAAAAUUUCGAGAAUCGAUGGGGUCAUACAUUUUGCCGCGUUCAAAUCGGUGCAGGAGAGCAUCCAAGAACCACUAAAGUACUACAACAACAAUGUGGCUGGAUUGAUUAAAUUCUGCGCUAUAUUGGACAGCUAUAAUAUCAAAAAGUUCAUAUUUUCCUCGUCGGCGACUGUCUAUGGGUCUAUCGCAAAUGACGGGGUCCCCUUGAAAGAAGAGUACUGCGUCCACCAGUCGGAAGGAUUCGUGGACCACGACGGACAAUACAAGACUGUACUACCAGGCUGUACAGGACUUACCAAUCCUUAUGGGAGGACCAAGUGGAUGUGCGAAGCUAUUCUAGCUGAUCUCGCAUUUGCCGACCCAGAAUGGACAAUCCUCGCUCUGCGAUACUUCAACCCAGUAGGAUGUGACGAGUCAGGGUUGCUUCGAGAGAAUCCACGGGGCAUCCCAACCAACUUGAUGCCAGUCGUGGUAAACGUAGUCACUGGAUUAUCCCCAGUCCUGGACGUGUAUGGAACUGAUUACCCCACGUCCGACGGAUCUGCAGUCCGCGACUAUAUCCAUGUCACCGACCUUGCUCGAGGACACGUCGCUGCACUUGCAGCUGCAGCUGACCGAUGUUGUCAGAUACGAUUCAGGACAUACAAUAUUGGCAGUGGCAGCGGGAAUUCAGUCUUUGAGAUUGUAAAGGCAAUGGAAUCUGCGUCGUCGACCAAGAUCCAACUGAACGCGACCGAUCGCCGUAAGGGUGAUGUCGGAAUCUGUGUUGCAAUGCCAACAAGAGCUGAGACCGAACUGAACUGGAAGGCUGAAAAGGACAUCCAAACAUGCUGCCGCGACAUUUGUAACUGCAUCGCACUGACAAGAGCUAUGGAACAUGAUGGACCUAAUUAAUCGUCAGGACUAACUUUUCGCUUCGCUUUAGGUUCGAGGAAGCAAAGUGUGCUGACUUAAGUAACUUACAUCUAUUUACUGCUACUCUUUAAUAAAGCUUUUACUAUAGCUAUACAUUGUAUCUUACAUUGUAGUUCUAUGUAAUUCAUUUAAUAGAAG